AUGAGUAAGUUCAAAACCAUUGAUACAUUUUUUAAAAGAAAAGAUCAAGAGAAUGAAGAUGCUUCUAUUAUUACUACUCCAAUACUUGAGGGGUCAUCAAAUUUCAUUACUUCAAGUUCUUCAUUGAAUAGCUCAAAGCGUCCACGACUUAUUCCAAAUCAACUAGAUGUUUUUCAUUUGGAAAGAGAUCCUGGAAUGCGACCAAUGAUUUGGAAGUUUUCUCCAAAUAAAAGAGAUGAAAUCCGUCGGGCUUAUAUUAAAGUUGGGCCAAAUCAACCAAUUCUUGAUAAUUAUACAUUUUCUGGUGAUAAAAGUCAUCGUCGCUUUCAAGCUUCAUGGUUUAAAUUGUUCCCAUCUUGGUUAGAAUAUUCUAUAGAAGAUGAUGCUAUAUAUUGUUUUCCAUGCUUUCUUUUUGCUAAGGAAUCUUCAAUCAAUAUGGGUUCAAAUACUUUUAUUGAGAAUGGUUUCAGGAAUUGGAAGAAAGUAAAUUGUGGAAAAGAAUGUGCUCUUUUGAAUCACAUUGGCAAAGGUCCUAACUCAUUCCAUCAUAAGGCGCUGAAAUCAUGUGAUGAUUUGAUGAAACAAUCACAACAUAUUGACAGACUUCUUCAUAAGCAAACAUCAGAAGAGAUUGAAAAGAAUCAAGUUCGAUUAGGAGCAUCUAUAGAUUGCAUUAGAUGGUUGACAUUUCAAGGUUGUGCAUACAGAGGACAUGAUGAAAGCCAAAGUUCAAGCAACAGAGGUAACUUUUUGAAAAUGUUGAAAUUUUUGGGAUCUUACAAUGAAAGAGUGAAAAAGAAUAUUUUGGAAAAUGCUCCAAAAAAUGCUAAGUAUACUUCAAAUGAUGUCCAAAAAGAAAUUCUACAUAUUCUUGCUACUAAGGUGAGAAAUUCAAUUAGAGAAGAGAUUGGAGAUGCCAAAUUUUGUAUUAUUAUUGGUGAAGCUAGAGAUGAAUCUAAAAAGGAGCAAAUGGCCAUUGUUUUGAGAUUUGUUACUCUAGAUGAUUUUGUUAAAGAGAGAUUCUUUGAUCUUGUGCAUGUCACUGAUACUUGUGCAACAACUUUAAAGAAAAAAUUGAUUUCUGUCCUUUCUCAUUAUAAUCUUCAAGUUGAAAAUAUUAGGGAUCAAGGGUAUGAUGGUGCUAGCAACAUGCGGGGUGAGUGGAAUGGUUUGCAAGCUUUGUUUCUUAAAGAUUCUCCACAAGCAUACUAUGUGCAUUGUUUUGCUCAUAGGUUACAAUUAACAUUGGUAGCAGCUUCAAGAGAGGUACUUCAAAUUCAUGAAUUUUUUACUCAAUUAAACUCUAUUGUCACUAUUGUUAGUGCUCCUUCAAAAAGACAUGAUCAAUUACAAGAAGCUCCAGCAAUUGAAAAUGCAAACUUGGUUGCUCAAAAUGAAUUAGAAACAGGCAAAUGUGCGAAUCAAAUAAGCACUUUACAAAGAGUUGGGGAUACUCGAUGGAGCUCUCACUUUAAUUCUAUUUGCAGUUUGGUAAAAAUGUUUACUGCUACCAAUAUUGUUCUCAAUAAUAUCAUUGAAGACGGGACAACUUAUGCACAAAGAGGUGAGGCUUAUGGUGUUAGUAAAAUAUUAUUGUCAUUUGAAUUUGUUUUCACUUUGCACUUGAUGAAAGAGAUUAUGGGAAUCACCAAUGUUCUUUGCCAAGCACUGCAACAACAAUCUCAAGAUAUUCUUAAUGCAAUGCAUAUUGUUUCUACAUCAAAAUUACUUCUUCAACAAUUAAGAGAUGGUGGAUGGUGCAAUUUUCUUGCAAAUGUUAAAGAUUUUUGUGAAAAACAUGAAAUUGAAGUCCCUAAUAUGAGUGCACAAUAUGUUUUUGGAAGAGGUCGAUCUCGUCAACCAAGUGUGACAGAUGAGCAUUAUUAUCGAAUAGAUGUAUUUUUGGCAACAAUUGACUCUCAAAUACAAGAGUUGAAUAGUAGAUUUAAUGAGCAAACAAUAGAGCUUUUGACUUUGAGUUGUGCUUUGGAUCCUAAGGACAAUUUCAAAUCAUUUAAUAUUGAAGAAAUUAGCAAGUUAGCAGAGAAGUUUUAUCUCCUUGACUUUCCUUCUAAUAAGCUAAAUAUUUUGAAAUCUCAGUUGCAACAUUAUCAGCAUGAUAUACCAAAUCAUUUGAAAGGCAUUGGUACACUUUCUGAAUUGUGCAACAAGUUGUAA